UGCAGAGCCCUGAUGAAUCUGUAACCAAAGUGGAAGUUUCAACUCCUGAUGACAAACAACCUGAACAGCACUUUGUGACUCAGGGAAAUGAGGAAGGUGACAUUUCAGACAGCAAAGGUGGUGGAGUCUCUCCACAAUCUCCAACCUCAUUAGCAACUCCACCUUUUGAGUCCCAACUUCAGGACAAUACUGUGAGCAGAGAUAAGCAAUCCCAUGGUGUCACCGAAUCCAGGGGGAAUAGAAGAAAAAUGGGAUCUACUCGUAGAGUAAAAGGAAGACAGCGUGAUAAGGAAUUUAAAGAUGAAGAUGCAAUUGGUGAUGAAACCCCUGAAACAACAGAAAUGUCAGCAACAGAGGCUACAAGACCUGAAGAAUUACUGCAAAGAAACGAGCAUGAUGUUUCUCUGUCUGUGCCAUAUCAUGAAAAUUCCCUUAAAAAUCAAAAUGACGGAGAUACUAAAGUGAUUAAUGAUAAACCAGUGCAGGCUGGGAUGGAAGAAGUCAAAAAAGAUCAGCACAUAAACCUUUUAGGGCAGGAUGGAAAUUUACCCAGCAAUAUUUUGUUAAGUGGAACAACAGAAUCUACCAUUACAGUUGAGAUAACAACUGACCAAACUAGCCCAAGAGAAAGCACUGACGUUGAAUGCAGUGUUGCACAAGAAACAUUUUUUGCAUCUCAAAAUGUGUUGACUACAAAUAGGGAACAACAUGAGCAUUGCAACCCAAUUGAGGUCACCAAAGCUAAGCAGUCAGAGGGUGCAUUAAUGCAUCAGACUGACUUCAGCGCAAGUACAGAGAGUCACCAAACAUCCUUAUCUGAAACAAAUAUCUCUUUGGACUUCCACCAUCAGGAUAAUUCUCAGGACAUUACAGAAAUUCACACACGCCUCAGCCAUACAGGGAAUAGAAAGAAAAUGGGUUCAAGCCGAAGAAAUAAAGGAAGACAGUGUGUCAAGGACUCUGAUGCAUACCAGGAACCUAAAGAUGACAUUUUAGAAAAACCCACAAGUAAUGACAAACUCAGAACAAUUGACAUGUCACCAGCAACAGAUAUAACAAAAGAGGAAGAAGAAAAAGACCUCAUAUCCAUUGACAAAGAAGUGCAGAUUAGCUCAACAGCAAAAGAAGGCAAAAAUAAAGAAAAGUUGUCAGAGGAAGAUGCAUUUUUCUCACAGAAUAAUAUGGAUAGCAAUACAGAUGGACUUCUCAAAUCUAACAACGAUUUCAAUGAGGAAAAUAAAGUUGUUCAAGAUGCUUUGAAUUUAGAUCAGCUUACAGGAUGUGACACAAUUACAAAGCACCUGAUGCAAUCACCACAAGCCUCAGUUUGUGAAAUUCCCUCAGACAUGCAGCAUACCUCAUAUCAUGCUGGCAUCGAAGGCUCUAGCUCUCUGAAGGUGCUUGAUAAAGAAGAAGCGUUGGAGGCAAUGGAUGCAAGCAACGGCCAGCAAGAACAAACUCAAUCAGGUAACAGAAAUACUUUCCAAAUAAAUCCACAACAGAAGAAGAGAAAGAUAGGUUCUUCUCGCAGGAGUCAACUCAACAGAAAAAAAGAGGAAGAAACAGACAACACAGAUGAAACCAAGGAAAGUGACUUUCACACCGAAGCUGACGUGAGGAAUACUGAAAAGUUGGACGUGGUAGAGUUACCGUUAACUACAGAUAUACCACAAAAUGAAACUGCACAACCGUUAUUCUCUGCUGUUCAUAAACAACAGGAAGCUGCUGAAACCUUUUCUGUACCAAGCAGUACAGAGAUCAAUGUGAUACCAGUAGUAGAAGAUUUUAAGGCCACUCUUCCUGAACAGUUUUCCUCUCUCCAUGAAGAAACUAUCAGUCUGGUUACACGCGUUAUCACAGGUGGUGUAAGAGAAGUUAUUGUGGAGCCGCCACAGCUAGACAAUUUUACAAACACUGAGACUCAAAUAACCACUGUGGUCACGGAUAGAAGCAGACGCUCCAUAAAUCAGUUGCUGCCCCCAAAUACCGAGGCUGCCACAGACACUGGCAUAGCAGAAGAGAGCUUAGUGUCUUUUGGUGAGGCCAGGCAAAAUACACAUAGCGAUGAGGAAAGGCCAGAGAGCAUAAAAGUAGUACAAGAUCAAGAUGCUAGUGAGAAAAAUCCAAACAACUUGAAUGAAGGAGCUCGUAAUAAAACUCAAGAGAUGAGGAGUGAAAGUCCAAAUUUACAUUUGAGCAACCGGAGAAGAAAGAUGGGCUCCACCCGCAGAAACAAAGAAGAGCUUCAUCAAAAACAGGAGGUGGAUAACGAAGCGAAGGAGACUGGAACAGACAUCGGGGAAACUAAAAGUGUCUCCAUAAUCAAAGAAGAAGCACUUCAGCUUCACACAGAUCACAAAAACAAUGAUAGCGAACAAGGAAAACAGAAAGUAUUUGAAACAGUGGAAAUCAGCCCUCCGGGUCAGUCUAAAUUCAAACCUCUGCCUGAGCAAACAGUUGAAGAGAGGCCUGUUUCCCAAGACCAGCUAGCAGAAACAGAAUAUCACACUGCAAAUGACCUCCUGUCUACAUCCUUAAAAGAUGAUUUGGUGUCAGAAUCAGCAUCUGGAGGGAGGAGAAGAAAAUUGGGAUCUAACCGAAGGUCCUGUGGACAUCAGCGUAUAGAAGACAAAACAGGAGAGGGCACAAUAAUAGAUGAUCAAAGUGGGACAGAUGCCAGAAUUUCAGAGGUUGGAAAACGUGAUAAGAAACCAUCAUCAGGCCUCUCAAAGAGUGAAGACCACUCAAAGACUGUGAGUGAGAAGACUUCAACCCAACCUUGUAAUGCUGGAAUCUUUCCUGUUAAAGAGAAUCAAACAUUUUCUCUGGUUGAUAAUCCGGGAGUGUUAGACUCCAAAUCAAAGCGCUACAAUGUGGUAAUGAUUGGAGACAGCAGUGUGGGAAAGACCUCCUUCAUGAAAAGAGCUCAAAGUGGGAAGUUUUCUUUAGAUAUACCUGCCUCAAUCGGCCUGGAUUCGCUGAUGUGGCCUGUUGUAGUAGAUGGAAAGCCUAUGAUACUACAGCUAUGGGACACAGCAGGUCAAGAAAGGUUUCACAGUAUCACCAAACAGGUCUUCCACAAAGCCCAGGCCUUUCUCUUGAUGUAUGACAUCACCUCCACCAAUAGUUUUUCCGCAGUCAGUUACUGGGCAAACUGUAUUCAGGAGUCUGCUGCUGAAAAUGUGACUGUUUUGCUUCUUGGAAACAAGAGCGACUGCUCAGAACGACGGGUUAAGACUCAUCAGGGGGAAAUUCUUGCUAAGGAAUAUGACUUUGAGUUUAUGGAGUGCAGUGCUGCCACGGGUGAAAACGUGAUCCAGUCUUUGGAAGUUGUAGCCAGGAAGCUGAGUCAAAGAAUUGACUCAAGAGAAGAAGCCACAGUGUUGCACAAAGAGCCAGAACAGAAAAAAAGCUCAAGAUGUUGCUGAACAAAUGUGUUUGUCUUCAAAAAAAAAAAGAAAAAAAAACAAGUGGUGAAAUCCUGAAAACAAGAACACGCUGUACUCAUCUGGCUUUCUUGUAACUCAGUGCAUUAUAUUUUAUUACUUGUACUACAUGUCUGCAUAUUUUCAGUGUUGUUAUAUUUAGAUAUAAAAUUAUUUCUUCAAAGGCCUUAUAUUAAAAUAUUAGUUUAUAGUUAGUAGUGACCAAAGUUAUAUAGUUAAGAAAGUGAAGGCUUUUUCAGUAUUUGCUUAAUAGCUACCCAAUAAUUUAAUGCAUAUACAAGCUUACUGUAUUUAAUUAUAUUUGCACCAUGUGUUUUAUCUUGCAAUAUGACAAUUUUUGUGCAAUAUUGUGCAACUUCAAAUAAUUUCAAAUCACAUGAUUGACAUUUUUCCAGAUGAAGCUGUAACAACUAAAAUCACAAGUUUAAGAUUUUAUGUGCAAUUUCACAAAGUUCAUCUCUGUCGUUGUACAUCGACUAAAUGUUUAGUCUACACCCUCUUCACUUUAUGGAUCUACUAUACUGAAAUUUAAUGUAAAUGUGUAUAUAGUAUGAUUAAUUUAAACAGGAGAAUACCCCAUUCAGAUAUUACCAAGAGAACAUGUGACCGAGAGCAAAUCUAGUACAGUGGUAAAUAAUUAUUAUAUUAAAUAUAUAUUAAACAUAAUUAUACUUGCUUUUUUGUGAUUUUGUUUAGCCUUUCUUCUAAGUUGGCAUUCAUCUUAAUUCAGUCAUCACAACUGUCAGAUCUGACACAUAAUUAUGAAUAAACAUUACUCCCCUAUAAUUAUAGUGCCAGUGACAUGAUCAGCAGUUAUAUAUGCAAAUGUAUUUUUAUGUUCCCGUGCAUUUCCUUUGUGACCAAGUACCUUUAAACCAAUUGUUUUAAUGGCGUGUCUCAUGAUUAAUAAAUCUCCAG